AUGGAAGGCCUCUGCACUUUCUGGCAAUGUCCUCCCCAAUCUCUUCGAGUUCCAGAGGGCACCCUUGCUCCCCAAACACGCACCUACGCAGUAGAUUCCAACUUUCAUUCUGAUUCAGAAACCUCAUCUGAAAUCGGGUUUGAUCUGCUUGGAGGUACAGUUCUCAUACUCGAUUCUACGUUCUUGUGUGGAUUCUUCUCUUUUACGCGCAAAUUCUCGAGAGAUUGCUUAGAUGAUGAUGACAAUAUUCUUGAUUUUCCUGUGGUUUUUGCUUCGGUCGGUGGCAUUUCCCGAGCGUUCAAUGCGUCUUUUUCGUACGAAAGUUUCUCUUUUACGCUCGAAUUCUCGAUCGUUCGUUUUUUCGCGAUCAUCGGCCUUGUUGCGUGCGAUUCGUGCAAAACGAGCAUGAAUGCAAGAAGAAAAGAAGUCAUGAUCAUGCUUAUAAAAUGGGACUUCAUGUUGGUCAAAAUUGAAUAUGGUCAAAGAUCCACAUUUCUUGGAAUUCUAGAGAAGAGGAGGGUAGCCACAAAAUUAGCUUUCGAAAUAAGAUAA